ACACGGAAGUCAGCAAGACAACUGAUGAUGGCCGACUUGGAGGAAACUUGCGGAUGCGCUCUUAUUUUGUCAAACUUCUUUUUAUUGACUGCCGACGACGAAUGUUAUCCCUAAUAAAACAUUACAGCGUGGCUAUGUCGUCUUUUCGAGCCGUAGUGCUGGUCUUUUUGUCGGCGACAUCGGCCGCCGUCGCCAUUCUCGUCCAAACUGAGGCCCUGCCUCGUCCUCCGGCCGUGGCCGCCGCCGCCGUCAGCGUGUGCGCAUUGAUGGGGGUGUCGCUGUUGUUGAGGGACAUCCGGUCCAAGGUGAGAGGUGAAGGCCGGACGUUGGGGAGCUUGAUCGGCCAGUACGCAGCCGUCAAGGCCGUGGGCUGGCUGGGCAAGUGGCAGCGGGCCAAGUUGGAGGCCGACACGCUGAACGUGAGGAAGGCCCAGGAGGAGACGCUGUUGAGCCGCCUCCGGAAAAACGAGCACACGCUCUAUGGGAAACGUUUUGACUUUGCUUCUAUCAAAGAUAUUGACACCUUUCGCACUCAUCACCCGAUCACCACGUAUGAGCACUACCGUGACCUGGUGGGUCGUGUGGCGUCUGGGGAGGAGAGGGUGCUCACCGCGGAGAAGCCCCUAGUGCUGGCCAUGACGUCCGGGACAUCUGGGCCCAGCGCCAUGCUCCUCAGCACCAAGGACACCAACAGUGACUUUUUCCUUCGGGGUGUGGCGGUGUGCCUGGACACCAUGCGGCGAGCGUUCCCGGCCACGGACAGCCUGCAACGCACCACCAAGUUUUUCUACACGCCGACGUUCCGCCAAUCGGAGGCCGGCAUUCCCAUUGGGCCCAAUUCAUCCACGCCGGCCUCUUCUCGUCACAUGCUCCACCUCUACACCACACCACCGCCUGCCUUCCAGGUGACGAGCGAGAAGGACGCGCUAUACCUGCAUCUCCUCUUUGCGCUCAAAGAUCCCAGCGUGGGAACGCUCGAGUCCAACUUUGCCUCCACCGUCUUCUGCGCCUUCUCCACUUUGCAGGAGCGCUGGCAGGAGCUGACGGAGGACGUGGAGCGCGGGACGGUGAGCGGCGCUCUCCACCUGGAGCCGCGCGUCAGGGCUGAGCUGGAGGCCCUGACCCGGCCCGACCCAGAGAGGGCGGCUCGGCUCCGGGAAGACUUCGGCGCCGGCUUCCAUGGCAUCGCCGGACGCCUCUGGCCCCGCCUCAACUUAAUUCUGACCGUGGAUUCUGGCUCCAAUCAAAUCUACGGCGAGAUGCUGAGGGACGACUGCUGCAGCGGCAUCCCCUUCUACUCGCCCUUCUACGCGGCCACUGAAGGUCUGAUUGGGGUGAACCUUUGGCCCGAGGAGACCGGCCGGCGUUACCUGCUGUGUCCUCGCUCCAUGUUCUGCGAGUUCCUACCAGAGAGCCUUUUGGAGGAUGAGGCAGCGGCGGCCACGCUUCUCAUGGAGGACGUGAAGGAGGGACAAAACUACGAGCUGGUGGUCACCAACGCCGCCGGCCUCUUCAGAUAUCGCAUCGGCGACGUGGUGAAAGUGGUGGCGUUCCAUCACCAGUGUCCAAUUGUGGAGUUUCAAUACAGGCGCGGUCAGAUGCUGAACGUUCGCGGCGAGAAAUUGUCGGAGGCCUUGUUCCUGGACGCUUUGAAGGAAGCCGUGGCGCAGUGGCCCGCCGCUCGCCUGCUUGACUACUGCUGCGCCGAGAGCGGGAUUAUGGGGGAUUGUGUGGGCAGCUGCGACCCUCACUACCAGGUCUUCUUGGAGCUGACGGGCGUGAGGAACCUCAGCGAGGAGCAGCGCCACAAGCUGGACGUGUGCCUGCAGCGGGCGUCGGCCGUGUACCGCUCGUUCCGCAUCAAAGGCAGCAUCGGGCCGCCGAGGGUGCAGCUGGUGGGCCGCGGCGCCUUCGCCGAACUGCGCCAGCGCAUGAUGAGCUCCUCCCUCACCUCGGCCAACACCUUCAAAAUGCAGCGGGUGUUGCGGCGCAAGGAGGACGCCCGCUUCUUGCUGACCAGAACGGUUUCCUGAAGAAGGAAAUGAACUGAAUAAGACUUUUAGGAAGGAAAUGAAGAAUUUUACAAGCAUACUAAGUUGUACUUCAGGUAAAUGUGCAUUAUUGUUCUAUA